ACGUUCAUGCUUUAUUUCGAACACUCAUUCCAUCAAGCAACACAAAUGUGUGUUUUAACAGAACGAUUACGGUAUGUGCAUCACCAACCACUCAAUACAGCCACAAGCCAUCGAUGACUCUGAAAAAAUGUGAAACAACUCCCUGCUUCCCCCAAUGACACAGUUCUAUCACUUGAUCUACAGCUGUGCCAGGAGUACUCACGGGGCAUGGCCAGGCCAAAAGUUGCUGUGAUCGUGAUGCCAAAUGGAGCAGUAUUGAUUGAAUAAAACACCAAACCACUGCCGCCGUUUAUCACGCAAGAUGACAGCUGCUUUAGGUAGUUCAAUUACCAACUGGUACAUAUAACAGGGACACUUUGUGUUCAAUUGUAACUUGGAAGUGUAAGUAUGACACUACACAUCUGCCCCGUCCUCCAUACUGACACAUGACCAUGGAAACUGUCUGAGUGGGUAUAGUGGGAGCACCGAGAAAAACAAGUCAGAAGGACUUCAGUGAUGCUUCAAGCUGGACAACUGUUCCUGAUACUGCCAGAGACAAGACUCCAAACAGAGAAAAACACUGACCACACCAAACAGAUAUUUCACACUGGUGGCCAAUAUUCUUUGGUACCUCUUGUUCAUCAUAACAGUGAGACCAAGUGCCGCACACACAACCCCUGAGGACAAGAGCAAACACCAGCAGCAUCGACACUUCCUCUGACAAGCACCAAUUAGCCAAGUCACUUGAAAUUGACAAGCCAUCAUCUGACCAAGGAAAUCAACUCACUACUGGUACUUUACAUAAAGGAAUGUUUGCUAGCUUUAAAUCCAAUCAAACAUAUUUCUAAUAGGCUCGUUAAAGAUUGAAAUCAAUCAAAGUGAACUCAUUUGUUGACAGUGAGCAAUUGCUUGUUUUGAUGUUGUCAAUCGCUUGGCUGACUGACUGAGGGGCAUACACAGUGAAGAUUUCCUGUUGUUUGAUUGGAUGGUAGGGGAUUAUGACAAUGAGGAGGGUGGUCUGUGGACAUAUAACACUGCCAUGUUGAUGCUUAGCGCAGAUCAACUGGGAGUGUGUAGUGUACACAUGUGUUAACAAAUCAUGGAUUAGCACGUCAAUUUCAGCUGUGGCGAAAUUGACAUUUGUCUUUCUACUUUUAUGUACAAAUACAUGUAUUAAGCACACAUGGUUACAUAGGCACAGAUUCCUAAAUUGGAAAAGGGAUAGCUGUUUCUAAUACUGCAAUAUAUGUUUGUCACCACUGAAGUAGCUUUACCCUGAAAGUUUAACAAGAAGUGAAAAGUAUCCUCUUUGCAGGAAAUGGCUAUUACAAGAAACUAAUGAGUGAUUAACAGCGCAAUGGAUGCUCAAGCAAUCUUGUACAUAACAUUUGAGACUAUAAUAGGCCUCGUAUCUGUAGUAGGCAAUGGCCUCGUGCUUGUCGCUAUCUACAAGACACCCAAGCUACAGACGACUACCAACUGUUUCAUCGCUAGUUUGGCGCUGGCCGACCUUCUUGUUGGCAUUGUAGUCGCGCCUUGUGCUGCCCUCAGUUUUCUCAAUCUCAAAAUGGACUUCUACGCAUGUGUCUUCAUAAACUCUGUCAUAAUUCUUUUUACCCAAGUGUCAAUUUUUGGACUUUUAGCCGUCGCAAUUGAACGCUUUGUCGCCAUCAAACACCCGUUCCUGUACCAACGUGUGAUGACCGUUCCCCGUGCCAUCAUGGCCCUCGUUGUGACAUGGAUUUUCGCCAUCCUCGUCGGGCUGGUUCCGAUGUUCGGAUGGAAUUUGGGACAAACUGGCUACCAGACAUGCGGUUUCACAUUCGUCAUUGACAUGAAAUACAUGGUGUAUUUUAAUUUUUUUGGAUUUGUGAUUACGCCCCUGAUAAUUGUUAUGUUAAUCUACAUCUACAUCUUCAUCAUCGUCAAGCGGCAGAUGAGGCAGAUUGCCUCUCUCGAAGUGGCAGCAGAGGGAAAGAAGAAGAACAAGAAGUUCCUGAAGGAAAUCAAAGCAGCCAAGUCUCUUGCCAUGGUCAUCGGACUCUUCGCUGUGUGCUGGUUGCCUGUGCACAUCUCUAACACCUUAUCAUUGAUAUGUGGGAUGACCUGUUCGCCCCCUUACAAUUUCCUGCUAGCAGCGAUCGUGUUAAGUCAUGCUAACUCCGUGUUAAACCCCUUCCUGUAUGCCCAUGGCAACUCACAGUACAAGAACGCCUUCAGGAAAAUUUUCUUCUGUGGAGCCAGAACUGGUCAGUUAAAUACUGAUGAAAAUUCAGGGAUUAAUUCGAACAUGACCCGCGAUCAUGUUGAAACAAGAAAUGGCGCCGUUUCGUCAACAAUGGUAAAGUACUGAAAAUAUGAUCAAACAUCAAAUACUGUGACUACUAAAUAUCAACUAAAGUCACUACAGUUGUAUUUGUAGGAACUAUAAGGAUAUUGGUGAAAGCCAGGUAAGAUAAACAGAAUAUUUAGACCUUCCAACCUUACAAGGUACAUCUCUCCCUAUGACGAUUCUGGGAUAGAAUUGGUCCCCACCAACCAAUGAGACCAAUUGGAUCGGGCGAUCAGGCUUGGUUGAUAGCUUGUCAUCGUAUCCUGAUGGUGUGGAUCGUUGCUCACAAUAUCAACCACUGGAAUGGGGAAUUAUUUACAGGCAGACGUCAUAUAGCUGGAAUAUUGCUGAGAGCGACGUUAAAAAACAAACAAACGAAACGAAACUACACGGUUUCCUUUUCAAUUAUUCAUGAUGUCAUCUGCCCAUGUUCCUCUUGUUCAUUUUCAAUGAAUGUGCAUAAUAUGUGACCCGGAAUAUCUCCACCAUAUUACAAACGCAUAAUUUCAGAUAAAGCUGACCAACAUGUGUAUAUGAUAGAAUGUUGCUCACAAACAGGGCAGGUCCUAUGUUUGUUUUUUUGUUUGUUUGUUUGUAUAGACAAGUAUUUAUAAAUGUGUUGACACAUUGUCUUUUAGUACAGUUAUUUCGUUCUGAAGCAAAUAUGUAAAAUAUGUACAUAUUCAAAGGUAUUUGUUCAUUUAUGACAUUCAUAACUGUAUUGAGUUAUUGUGAGGGUGUGUUAAUUAGAGGCUUACAACGCAAUCAGACGAGGAAAUUAAUCUGAAGGCAUACCAGUCAAUUAGUGUGCACAAUAUGUAGUCAGUAACAGCUUGAAGCUUGAAUCUAUAGGCAACGUUAUAGGGAGUCAUAUCGACUGGGACUUGUCUAAAUUGUCUGCUACAGCAAUUGACAUAAUUUUCUCCAGUCUUCUAAUCAAAUUACCACUCUUUUGAAUGUACGAAAAAAAUUAUCAAUCUGGGAUAUAAUUCUUGAAGUAUUAUUUCUUAUUACGCCAACAAACUUAAGCUCUGAUAUUUUCCUGUACAGAAUGAGUUCUUAUUUAUGAUUAAUAUUAAUGUUAUUAACACAAAAUGCCAUUUAGAAAGUGGUCAAAUGUAACAAAUGUUAUAUUUAGGAUAACACAUUCUGAGUAAAGUACAGAUUCUCAUACUUUUGGACGGGACUCAACCCAAAAAGUAUGAGAAUCUGUACGUUACUAAGAGAGUGUUAUCCCAAAUAUAACAUUUGUAACAUUAAUGUUAUUCAUGAAGAAAAACAUACAAAGUUCAAAUUUUCUUUCUGGAAAAGAAAAGUUUGACCAUUGAAAGGGGUGUAAUGACUUUUAACUGGAGCAGGGGACUCUUAAACAGCAUCAAGCUUCAUUUAGAGGAUGAGUGAUUACAGUGGCAAACAUUCAAUUUUAUUUACAGCCAACUCUUGGCUCUAGGCAGUUGCCCAGAGGUGAAAACAUAGAAAUAGCUCCAGCUUUUCUAUAUUAACUUCAACAGGAAGUUGUUCAGUAUAGGUCAAGAGUUGUUAAACCUGAUGAAGUAGUGAUCUAUAAGUUCUAGUACUUCAUAGCCAGUUGUUCUACUUUUAGUCUAUAUUUUUAUCUUUCUCCCUCCUUCUACUAGAUAAAGAACUAGUCUCUGAAAAGAAACUAUUUUACCAAAAAGAAUUUUUUUUAUUAUCUUGAUAAAAUAUAAUCAAAGGGAGCCAAGAGAAGUGCUUUCAUUUUCAUUGAAACUGCAGUAAACCAGACUUGCCAGCUAUUAUAGAAGUGCAUGGGCUGUUUUGGAUAUACAGUUGUAUUUGUUUCAGGGUCUGUAAGACUGGCUAUUUUGGAUAUACAGUUGUAUUUGUUUCAGGGUCUGUAGGACAGACUCUCCUGCUCUUGACACUCAUUUUUUACACAAAAUUAAAAAUUGAUAUUUUUCUAUGGAGAUUACUUUUACAGUUUGAUUGUUCAUAAAUACAUGUUUUGUGAGCUUGUUUUCAAUAAAUACAUACAUGCUGCACUUGACUGAUAUGCCAUAUGUAAUUGUUUGACACAAUCAAUCUCUGAAAACAAAUGAACUCAUCAUAUUAAAAAGCGCCACCUAAGUAAAUUAGAAGCGCCCAGGGCACUUAUUACAGUGAAUACGGUAAUCAAUCUUACAAUUCCAAAUAUAAUUAUAAUGGAUUGAAUGAGAGGAUUAAGUCGCAUACUAGAAAACAAUGUGAAUGUAUGUCUGUUCCUUCUGUUUUUGCCAUUGGUGUAAUGUCUUUGACGGGUCAGUGGCGUUGUUUGACACACGGCAAUGUCCACUUGUCACAACAGGAUCACAGUCUGCUAACUAUAACACUGUUGUACAUAGCAUGUCAUUGGACAUUCUUGGAAUACUCAGUUAUUUUGUUGACACAAAUAAAGACUUAGAUCUCGGU